UUAAGAGUAGCUGGACUGGAAGUCUCUAUGGCCUUCCCACUGGAGGCUGGCAUUCUGGAGGACAGCUGGGACUCGGUUUUUUCUGCAAUACAGUGGAUACAAUUUGUCAUGGCUACUCUGAGUGUUAUAGGUUCAAGUUCACUCAUUGCCUAUGCUGUAUUCCAGAAUAUACAGAAAUCUCCAGAGAUAAGGCCACUCUUUUAUCUGAGCUUCUGUGACCUGCUUCUGGGAAUUUGCUGGCUCACUGAGGCACUUCUCUAUGGAACUUCAGCAGCCAGUAAGGACAUCAUCUGCUAUAACCUGCAAGCAGUUGGACAGAUAUUCUACAUUUCCUCAUUUCUCUACACUGUCAAUUACAUCUGGUAUCUGUACAGAGAGCUGAGGAUGAAAUACAACCAGAGUGGACAGAGCACAUCUCCAUUGGUGAUAGAUUAUACUUGUCAAGUUGGUCAAAUAGCCUUCAUUUUGUCAAGCCUGAUACCUCUACUGUUGAUGACACCUGUAUUCUGUCUGGGCAAUACCAGUGAAUGUUUCCAUAACUUCAGCCAGAGCCACAGGUGUAUCCUGAUGCACUCGCCACCAUCAGCCAUGGUUGAACUCCUGCCUUCUGCCAACAUAUCUGUCUGUAGCACACUUUAUUUUUAUGGCAUCAUCAUUUUCCUGACCAGCUUUCUACUCAGUCUCCUCACCAUUGUGGUCUUACUCAUCCAAGCCCAGACAUUGUAUAAGAAGUUUGUGAAAUCAACUGGCUUUCUGGGAAGUGAACAGUGGGCUGUGAUUCACAUUGUGGAGCAGAGAGUACGCUUCUACCCAGUGGCCUUCUUUUGCUGCUGGGGUCCAGCUAUCAUUCUGAUCACCAUAAAGCUGACCAAGCCACAGGACACCAAGCUUCACAUGGCCCUCUAUGUUCUCCAGGCUCUAACAGCAGCAUCUCAGGGUCUGCUCAACUGUGGAAUAUAUGCCUGGACAGAGCACAAGUUCCACCAACUAAAGCAAGAGGCUCGACGUGAUGCAGACACCCAGACACCAUUAUUAUGCUCGCAGAAGAGAUUCUAUAGCAGGGGCCCAGUUCAACUGGAGUCUACUCUUGCUUUUGCUACCAGCACCUCCACCAUUCUUUGAAACUACAAUACAGGUUGAGCAUCCCUAAUCUGAAAAUACAAAAUCAAAAAUCUGAAACUUUUUGAGCACCAACACGAUGCCACAAGUGGAAAAUUCCACACCUGCCAUUUUGAAUUUCAGAUUAGAGAUGCUCAGCAGGUAUUCUGGUGAUGCUACUGUGCUGCUUAGUUAGCCUGUACAUUAAUUUUUCACUGCAUUAAUGGUAUGUCAUAUUUUUUACUGUUAAAUACUUAUAUGUGAAUAAGUGUAAGAACAUGAUUGCUUAUCAGUAGCAUAUAAAUCAGAGUCAGGAAUAAUGAUGGUGCCAGACAACCAUAGAUUGUUCACAUGGGUGGCUGAGAUAGUGAUACCUUUGCUUUCAAUGUACACAAACUUUGUCUUAUGCACAAAAUUAUUUAAAAUAUUGUAUAAAAUUACCUUCAGACUAUGAAUACAAGAUGUA